AUGGUACAGAAUAUAUGUAUCCUUUUUAGAUGUUUCACCAAACUAUCUGAGUUAUCUAUAUUCUACAUCAAGCUACAUGGACUCCUUAUCGAGCUUUUUGAACUCUCCAUGUACCUUAUCGGACUAUUGUUAAUAGAAAAUGUCCUCUUUCUCCCUUUUCUUGAACCUUCCUUUACAUCUCUCAGUUUCCAAACUCAUUUUCGCCAACCCUACUUCUUUCCCGCGCCGUUUAUCUACGUUUCUUGGAUUUCAGUUCGCGUCUUGAAGCCUUCGCGUCUCGAACGUUGUUCUUCACGUUUUCUGCAUUUCAAACAAGACGUGGAGUUCUCGCGCAAGGAGCAUGGCAAAGGAGGAGAUUUAGGUUCGGUUUUGGUAGAGAGGAAACGCAAGUUUCGGCGGCCAGGCGCGACCUCCAUCCUUACCGUGCGUGGUGGGUACCACGGCGGUGACGUCUUCACGGCGCAGGGAUGGGCUUCGCUAAAUAGGGGAGAUACAUGUUUCGACCAUGGUGUUUGGAGAUACAUGUUUCGACCAUGGUGUUUGUAUGCAAGAGCAACAAUUGAUCACUGGAACAUUAUGAUGAUCGAGCUUAAUUAAGACAAUAAAGAUUUUUAUCUCAAC